UGGUAACUAUUGUAUGAAUUAGCUAUUAAAUUGACUAUAGCUGAAUUGGAGCCAGUGGUAGGCUAUACUAUUAAACUUGCUCUUAUGUGUCGAACUUUGAUCAAGAUCGGUUGAAAACUUAAUUUUUUUAAGAUAUUGCAAGAUUCAUUUAUCUUGCUGCCUUGUUGGUACUCGAACUUUAGCUCCAAAACAAGAUUGUAAACUACAUGCGAUUUUGCAUGAUUUUCAUAUAAGACAAUCUAAUUUGAGAAAAAAAAUCUAAUUUUUCAAAUAGAGCUUUAAAUGUAUUUGUGUAGUUUAUUUCACAUAUUAUUUCGUUUAUCUAUCAAUUUCUUGACUGAAGAUACUGUGUGUAUGAGUUCUCAUCGUACUGUUCAUUAAGAUGGGCGUACCCUAUGCUGUAGUACUCCAGUACACUUUUGCAGUCCAAGUGUCCAACUAAUCCAGCUGGUUGGUCAAAGGAGAGAGAGAUAGAGACAGUCACAUUAACCCCGCCAUUUUUGUGCAGUCUCCACCUCCAAAAUCUCAUUUUUAUUCAUGUCAUCUCCCCAUCUUCAAAUUCUUUUUCCCAGCUACUACUAUACUUGCUGUGCUGCCUGGUGAUAACCAGACACAAAGCAAAACUAGAGUGAGGUGUCUCACUGUCUCACUGUUGUUUGUCUUCCUCCUUGGUUUGGUUGUGUCCAAGCAAGAAAACCAAGAAAAACAAGCAAGAAAACCUUGUCUCUCUCUCUCUCUCUCUCUCUCUCUCUCUCUCAUGCUUGUACAUGGAGGGAUCAAGAUCAAGGGAGUGCAUUGCUGUGGCAAGUGGCCAUGAAGCAGCAGCAGCGCCAGCAGGCUACGGCCUGUUCAUCAGAACAGCAGAUUGUUCCAUGGCUGAAGCAGCUGCACAACAAGAAGCCGCAGCAGCAGCGAAAGGGUACCGGUCUUCUCCCUCCUCGCCGUCGUCGAUGUCCCCCACUCCGUCACCUCCACCGGCGGCAGCUGUCCAUGGAGGAGGAGGAGCGGAGGAUGCCGCCGCCGCCGCCAUUGCAACGCCAGCCGCGCGGAGUUUGGGUGCAGGGGACAGCGGCAGCAUGCAGGUGAGUGGCCAUGGCGAGCAUGCUGGGUUGAGCUCCAGACGGCGUCGUGGCCGGCCGAAAGGGUCCGGGCGGCGCCAGAUCCUUGCCAAUCUAGGGGAAUGGUAUGCGUUAUCAGCUGGAGGGAGCUUCACGCCUCAUGUCAUCAUUGUCGCCACAGGGGAGGAUGUGGCGGCUCGCAUAAUGUCCUUCUCGCAGAAGGGUCCUCGCUCGGUUUGCAUUCUCGCUGCCAAUGGCACCAUCUCAAAUGUUGUAUUGAACCAGCCUGGCUCGUCUGGUAGCACCUUCUCCUACGAGGGCUGCUUUGAGAUUCUUCAACUGACUGGCUCCUUUACAAUUGCGGAGGAAGGCGUUCGGAGGAGAACCGGCGGGCUCAGUGUCUCGCUUGCCGGCCCUGAUGGCCGUGUUGUCGGCGGUGUAGUAGCUGGGAUGCUGCGAGCCGCCAGCCCUAUUCAGGUGAUUGUGGGGAGCUUCUUGCCCAACAACCUGAAGCAGCAUCAGAGAAGAAUGGGCCUACAUCCACAACCAUCUGCUGCUCCGGCAUUUCCAGCACCGAUGGCUCCUCUUCAUCCUCCUCCUGUGCUCACAGCUGCGAUGCCCAUUUCUCAGGCAGCUCCUGGCAACAAUGGCUGCCGUUCGCCGCAGGUUUCGAUCUCAUCCAUGCCUCCACAAGCACAUGCCGGUGUGGAGCAGAGUAGAGGCGCCAUGAACCUGAAUUCAUCGAGCUCCAGUACUGGUUUCGCCAUGGUUGGGUGGCCUGCAGCUGCAAGCUCGCAGUCCAUGGUGCACAGGCCUUCACCUGACAUCAAUGUCUGCUUGACUCCUCAAGAGUAGGAUCAAUUUGUCCUAUUUUUUUGUUGCCCUCGUGCCUGACAUGCGUUGUUGUGGCAUGGCUGUCACGUGACAUGUGUUUGGGUUCAAUUCUAUCUAAUCACGUGUCUUGAGUAGUUUGCAGUUUGGUUGGGGGAUGAAACAGGCCAACAUAAGAACAGUUUAGCCAGAAUCUGACAGAAUGUGAUAGUUUAUAUGCUCUCAGUUAGAGUUGGGGAUGUGUCAUUUUGCUGGGACAUUUGGAUGUGAUUCAUUCUCGCUGUGACCUUCUCUUGUACUCCUGCUUCAUUGUGUUCCUCCUCCGCAUUGUU